ACACCAAGAAAUGGUUGAAAAACAGUAUUUGGCAGAUAAAGAAAAGCUUCAAAAGAUACGAAUGCUUUUAGCCAGGAAAAAUAGAGAAAUAGCAGUACUUCAAAGAAAAUUUGAUGAAGUUCCAUCAAGAGCAGAACUGAGUCAAUAUCAGAAACGAUUUGUGGAAUUAUACAACCAAGUUGCUGCAAAGCAUAAGGAGACAAAGCAGUUUUAUACUUUGUACAAUACUUUGGAAGACACGAGGAUGUAUAUAAUGAAAGAGGUGGACUUACUUAAUUCAAUACAAGAAAAUUUCACAGAGGCUAUGUCUUCAUCUUCAUCAAAAGGAGAAUUUCUUGCUCAGUUGGAACAAAUUGUUGAAAGAAUUUUACAAAAUAAAGCUAAGAUUGAAAAAAAGAAACUCGAAGAGAAACGACAUAGAGAUAUGCUGAAUGAUCAGUUAUUAGACCUUAUAGAAAAGCAAAGGCUAUAUUUCAAAACUGUUAAAGAUUUCAAAGAGGAAUGUUGGAAGAAUGAAAGUCUAGUCGCCAAGUUAAAGGAGAAAAACAAAAGAAAUUAGUUAAAAUCUAAUUUUCUAAUUCCAGAGUUACUCAUGCCUGAACCUGUUAACAAUAAAUUAAAAGGACUGAAAUUUCUAUUAGUUUUCAUUUCUUAAGUUGCCAAUUGUACAAAUAUGCUUGAUUUCAUAAUGUUGUAUAUAAGGUAGACAUAUAUUUAUUACUUGUUUUUUACAAAUCAAUAAAGAUUAUAUUUUUCAAA